AUGGCAGAAACCAAAAUAAAACAGCUUGGGGAAGAAGAGAGAAACCAAAAUAAAACAGCUUGGGGAAGAAGAGAGAAACCAAUAAAAUUGGCCUUAGGCACUCAUGAUCUUUGUGAGAAUUAG